AUGAGUAAGUCAGAAAUAGAAUCAUUAUUUGUUAAGUUAUGUCAUGUUGAAAAGGAAAGUAGGGAUAGAGGAAUAAAUAUGCUUUAUGAUUACAUAAAUAAAAAUAAAAAAGUUCUCAAUAAGCAUAAAAUAACAUACAUAUGCAAAGGAUUAUUUUAUUAUUAUUGGUUAUGUUAUUCUAUUAAUGAACAAAAAAAAGCAGCUUUGAAAAUAUGUAGAUUAAUACAUAUAUUUGAUAAUAAAAAAAAUGUUUUUGUAUUUUUGCAAUGCUUUUUGGAUGUUAUGUCAGCAAAGUAUAAUAAUUUAGAUAUACAUCGUUUAAAUAAAUUUUUAUUUUUAUUCCGGGUUUUUCAAGCUGAAUUUUUGAUGUUUUUGCAUAAUAACUCAUGGAAUAGUAGUUAUAUUAAAAAAUAUAAUAGAAUAAUUUUAAAAAGUUUUGAUGAUACGAAUGAGCUAUUUUAUAAUUAUGUAGAUACUUUUUUUGAAGAGUUUUUAGGAAAUGAAAAUUUUUUAGAAGCAAAAAAAGAAAAAAUCAAUUAUGAUACAAAACAAUUUUUAUUAUUGGUAGACCCUUUCUUUAAAAUUGCAUGUGCAACAGAAAAGAAGUAUAUAAUUGACCUAAUACAAAAUAAGAUUUUUAAUAAGAUAGUAAAAAUGGAUAUAAAGAAAAAUCUUUUAAAGAAGAAAAUUAAUAAAUAUUUAUUAAAAUGUAAAUAUAAAUAUGGAAAGAAAAUUUUAAAAAAUAUGUAUAAUUUAUCCCUUUAUACAAAAAAAAAAAAUAAAAUAGAAAAUGAGAUGAAAAAUAAAUUUCCUAUUUUUAUUGAGAAAUGCUAUAAUAAUACGGAAAAAAAAGAGUUAACUCAUGAAGAAAAAACUAACAGUGAAUUAUUACUUGAAGAAAAUGGAAAGUUUAAAAGUGACUAUCCUCUUCAUAAUAAAAAGGUGUUAAAUAAAAAAAAAGAUCAAAAAAAAUUAAAAAUACUAAAAGAUAUCGACAUAAAAAACGAGGGGAAUAUUUGUGAAGAUGAAGGUAAAAAAAAUGUUAUAAAGAAAAAAACUGGAAUAUAUGGUGAAAAAGGAAAAAAAAAAAAGACUAAUACAAAAGAUGCAAAACUGGUUGAAAAUUUGGCGUUUAAUACAAGUAUAAUAAAAAAAUGCAAAAAGAAUUUAAAAAAAAAAGAUAAAAUAAAUACUAAAACAAAUACUUAUGAAAAUAUAAAAUGUGAAAUAAAUGGUAAAUAUAAUAUGAAUAAUUUAGAUAAAAAUAACAAGAAAGAUUUUUCAUUUAGUAUUAAUGAUAAUAAAGAAAAGUCAAAAUUACAAAUUUGUGCUUUUAAUGAACAUGAGUUAAAUGGAAAAGAAAAAACUUCACAAAAAAAUAAUUUAAUAAAAAAAAAAAUGAUGAAAAUAAAUAAAAAACAAUGUAAUUUACAAGUUAAGGAAAUACCAAGUAAGAAAGAAACAAAAAUACAAAAUAAAAGCUCAGAUAAUAAAAUAAAUGAUACAAAUAACGCUUGUAUAAAGCAAAAAAAAAGUAAAAUAAUGAAAAAGAAGAAAGAAAAAUUGAAAAAAGAAAAUAAUAAAAAAGAAACAAAAAAUAACAUGGAUAAUAAUUUCAAUAUGAAAUUGGAAAAUGAAACAUUAGAAAAAGGUAACAGUGGUAUGGUUAAAAAAACAAUUUUAAAGAAAGGAAAAACGAAAUCUGUUGUAACAAAAAAGGUUCAUUUCAAUUUAAAAAAAAAUACAAUUGAGUAUAUUCCACGGAAUAAAAAAAAAAGUGUUAACUCAUUUUUUUUUUUAGAUAAUUUUCGUAACUUAGUGAAUAUUCCUUCAUUUUUAUAG